AUGCAAUCCCACACGGUCGAAUUGAACGAUGUUUUCGAUAAAUUGAGAUCAAAUCCGAAUCUAUCAAAUGAAAGUAAUGUUAAUGCAACAACAGCUAAAAUUAUUCAAGAGAAACUUGAUGAAAAAGAAAAUGCUGAAAAUUUGGAAGCUGAAAAGAUACUUCAUGAUGAAAAAAAGAAAUCUGUAAUGGGAUGGUGUUCAAUUGAUGAUCAAGUUUUUUGUAAUCGACAAUUGGUUAAUAAUGAAGAUAGAGUAAUUGAAUGUCAAUUAAGUGAAGCUGAUUGGAAUUUCUGGUUAGAGCUUAUUGAAAAAUAUCUGGAGCCAAUUAAACUUGAUGAUGCAACAAAAAAGAAAACUCAUUUCAAAUUAACAGAAUUUCGUAAUGGAAUAGUUAGAAGCCAUCCAUCGCGGACAUCCGCACAAUUUCAAAUUGCUGUUAUUUCUGAUAAAGUAGAAUUUCAAAUUAAAAUUUAUCUUGGUGAUAGAUAUUUACGUGUUGAUUAUUUAACAUUAAUCCUAUUGUUCUUUUAUUUAGUGCAAAUUCUAUUACAAAUCAUUGGUCUUUUAUACCAUAGACUUGGCACAGUAUUGGAAUUACUUUCUAUAGUUACUCUGAGAUCUGAUAGAGAUCGAUUGGAUAAACAAUUAGAUGAAGAAGACAGUCGUUAUCAUUCUUUAGUUCAAACAAAUCAAAGUAAUCAGCCAGGAAAUCAUUUUAUGCAAAUGAAUAGUAUUUAUGUUCAAUUACCAAAAUAUAAUUUGCUUAGAGAUUUAUACAACAAAUAUAAACUUAUUGAAGAAUUACAUCAAGCAGAGGAAAGAAUUAGAAAACAACAUCCAACAAUUGGCCGUUUUUAUAAGAAAAGGAUGUCAAAAACUGCACAACAACUGUUCAAACAAGAACAACAAAUGGACAUCACAAAUCGAGAAGCAUGGCACCGUCCUCCAAAUGCACCUUCUCAAUUUCAUAUGAAUCCAGUGUACGAUAGUUUCUGA